GAGCUGUUUACUCCCUGCAGGAAGUCAGUUGUCUACGUCAAAAUGGAGGCCACUUGCAACCACGAAUUCAAUGCGACCGCGGAUGAUGAACUUAGCUUCUCAAAAAACGCCGUAAUCAAGGUGUUAAAUAUGGAUGAGGACAAGAACUGGUACAAGGCAGAGUACCAAGGGAAAGAGGGCUACGUCCCUGCCAACUAUAUCAGCCUCAAACCUCACAGCUGGUACAUAGGCAGUAUUUCACGCUUGGAUGCCGAAAGGAAAUUAUUGCCUACCUACCAACCAGAUGGGGCUUUCCUUGUCCGCAACAGUGAAAGUGCUCCUGGAGAAUUUUCAAUUUCUGUCAAAUUUCAAGAAAACGUUCAGCAUUUUAAGGUCCUGCGUGACGGAGCAGGGAAGUAUUUUAUGUGGGUAGUCAAAUUCAACUCUCUUAAUGAACUUAUCAGCUACCAUCGCACAGCGUCAGUCAGCCGAGGCCAGACUAUCUAUCUGAGGGACAUGGUUGAUGCCUUCAAGGAGGUGUUUGUGAAGGCAUUAUUUGAUUUCUCCCCACAAGAGGAUGAGGAACUGAUGCUACAAAGGGGCGAUACGAUCAAGCUGGUACAGAAGGUGGAUAAAGACUGGUGGAAAGGGGAGAAAGAUGGCAAGACAGGAUUGUUCCCUGCAUCAUAUGUACAGGAAUAAGGGAAGCUCUCGCAAAGAGUUGACAAAUCUGACAUUGGGGCUCUGUGCGGUUUGUGACAUCAGUUUGCAGGACAUGGUGGUGUAACUAAAUGACACUCUGUUUCAAUGAUGCUCAUCGGUCAACGCUAUGAUACAACCUUGACACCACGUACUUGAUCAGCGGCUGAUGUUUGACUAAUUACAUCCAUUCUGUAUAUGUCAGUGGCAUUGUAGAAAGAUCGUCAUACUUUAAGAUUGUCAAUAUUUGAUUUUUACAACAAAUAGAGAAAAAGAAGAAAAAUAUGUUUGAAGCUUGUGAAGUUGUGUUUUUUAGAUUACGCUGCUUUUUCAGUUAAGCUGAGUUGUAAUGUAUCAACUGACUAUAUUGAGAUAUGCCUGACUGUCAGCUGGAUGAAGUAAUAGUGAGUAGGGUGUUGAGUAGGAUGUGAGUGAGAUAUGUUUGAAUGUUGGGGGGUUAACAAUCUCUUCAAAUCAAUACAUCUUAACAACAGUGUUUAACAAAAUGGUUCCUUUUGAGAUAUGUUUAAAUGUAAGGGGUGUAACAGUCUAAUCAAAUCCUUUCGUCUGAACAAUAGUGUUCAGCAAUACGGUUCCUUUUGAGAUGUGUUUGAAUGUAAGGGGUGUAAAAAUCGGAUCAAAUCAUUAUGCCUGGACAAUAGUGUCUAACAAAAUGGUUCAUCCUGAGAUAUGUCUGAAUGCAAGGGUUGU